CGUGAUGUAAAACGCGAGCACGAUCAAAACAUCCGUGAUAAAUUUUGUCUAAUUUCUUGAGAAAAGUAGGUGUAUAAUUUACAGAACAUGGCCCUAAUAACACGGUACAUUGCCAAACCGGUGCUUCAACAUUCGCUGCGGAUAUACGGCUGCAGAUUGCAAUCCACCCAACAAAGUGUGGAUCGCCGCAACGAUGUUGACGAUGAAGAAUUUCGAGUCCUUAAUUUUAAACAAGUUAAAACACAACGAGCGGCUCGGAGGAAAAUGAAUCGGCAGGAAAUUUCAUUGCCAAGAUCGCAACGUAUGGCACCCGAUCAGGACUGGGGAGCAGUAUGGCCAGGCCCUAAAUCAUUUGUACCAUCGGCUGUCCCGCUGCCUAUGCGUCAGGGCUAUGUAAGCAAAAAGUAUCAGGUCGCUCCAGGGAAGUUUGCCAAUGCCGAGUUGAUGAAGAUUCCGAACUUCCUUCAUCUUACCCCACCGGUCAUCAAAAAACAGUGCGAAGCUCUUAAACAAUUCUGCACCCCCUGGCCGAAGGGGCUGGAGACGGAAGAAAAAAUGAAACAACACUUUCCGAUCGACUUUAUUUCUUCGGAUUAUUGCCACGCUUUGCCUACAAUUCGCAAUCCACUGUCACGCAUUGUAACGAUCCAGCUAAAGGUAGAUACGCUAAAGCUCGAUAAGCAUGCCAAGGAUAAAUUCCUGCGAUUGGUAGGGGAACGUUACAAUGCAGAUACCGGUAUCUUAACUCUAGUCACCGACCGGUGUCCGUUGAAGAAGCAGAACUACGACUAUGCCAUCUACCUGUUGACGGCGUUAUACCACGAGUCUAAUGUUGUGGAACCGUGGGAGGAAACGAAAACGGAAGCCGACAUGGAGUACUACGAUUUCCAGCGAAAUUGCGCCAAAAUCAAUUCAGAAGCAAUCUUGAACUUCGGUCGAGCAGAAUCCGAACCCAAGCUAGAGGCACCGGCAGAAUAUGCCCGGUCCGUGGAACAGCUGUUCAACGAUGGUGAAAAUGAGUACAAUUUAAAAAAGUACAAGGAACAAACGUUGGGUCUUCUGAGCUUGGCAAGCAAGUGAGCCAGGUUGUUUAUGGGUUUGUAGGAAUAAAUGUUUAAUGAGAAAUUAG